UAUAUAGUCCUACACCAACAUGGGCAGAAACAACUUCUGUCAGACCAAGUUGCUCCAAGCCCCGUCCAACCUGAUCUUGAACACUUCUAGGGAUGGGGCAUCUACCACCUCUCUGAGCUACCUGAAUGCUUGAUCACUGAUUAAAAAUGUUCGUACAAUUACUUUCUUAGGCACUUUCAGUCCACUUUGAGCAAGUUGCAAUACCAGAGAGGUGAGAAUUCUCCUCAGACCAUCUGUCCGUUUGCAGCGAUGAGCAUCACCCACGGGAACAUCUCCUUGGUCCUUGGGAGCCUCCUCCCGAGCGGCCCCUCCUCUCCCUCGCUAAGGACGCAAGGUGCCUUACACUGGGCGCUCCCACUGUGGCAGCAGGCUGGGGAAAGUUGUGCAAGAAGGAGAGUCCAUGGUCGUGCUGGUUGCAGUUGGAUAAAGCUGUUUCUCCUCAAAGCGAAAUCCCUGCCCGCAGCGUCCUGUGGGCUUUGUUCUGGUUUACGCCCCAGGCCCGGUUCUAAAGCCACGUUCGGCCUUCUCAGCGCCAGCUGGGGACGCUGCAGGAGGUCUCGCCCUCGCAGUCGGAUACACGACACUCCCAUUUCAACACGGGUACACCCGCACCCGGUGUGUUCCCUCUCGGUGUCCGAGGGGGCGGACGGGACGUCCCCGCGGCGCGGUGCCCUCAGGGCUGGGCCCCCUCAGGGCAGGUCCCCUCAGGGCAGGUCCCCUCAGGGCGCGAUGCACGCGCUCCCCUCAGCCGCGCCCCGCUCGCCGCCCCGUCCCGUGCUGCCCGCGCGGCGCUUCCUUCCGGGCGGCAGCACCGCCGCGGCGGGAGCCAUGGAGCGCGGCGCGGCGGGGCCGCUGCCCCUCAGCCGCCUGGCCGGGCCGCUGCUCCGUAGGCUCAGCGAGCUGCUGGACCGCGCGGCGCCCGGCAAGGGCUGGCGGGAGCUGGCGCAGCGAGCGGGGAGCCGCGGCACGGUGCGGCUGAGCCCGCUGGACUUGGAGCAGUGUUCCCUCCAGGUGCUGGAGCCGGAAGGCAGUCCCAGCUGGAGUCUCCUGAAGCUGCUGGGGGAUCGGGGCUGCACUGUGCUGGAACUGGCAGAGUCCUUGCAGGCCCUGGAGCACACAGAGGCUCUCCGGUGCCUCAGCCAUUCAGGUGUAAAGAUCAUUGUACAGCCAGACUCUCAAGCAGUGCUCUCUGGUCAGGUCGUCAAGAUGUGCUGCUGGGCAACAGGACACCCAUUUGUGCAAUAUCAGUGGUUCAAGCAGGAAAGAGAGGUUCCCCACGGUAAUUCUCCAGAACUGGUUCUGAGUCCAGUGAGUGUAAAGGAUUCUGGCUUUUACAUCUGCCGAGUGAACAGUGAAUCUUCUUUCACGUUCAGUCGGUGGGCACGCCUUGAAGUUUGUGAGCUUCAGGAUCCACCUCAUGGGCUCUUAAUGGGUUUGCCUGAAAACAAGUUGUGCAUUUGUAAUCAGCCUCAGCCACAAAACCUGACAGUGGGGGAUGCUUUAGUACUGGAAUGUGGAGCUGUUGGAAACCCAAUUCCUCAUUACCAAUGGUUCAGAAAUGGAUUUCCUUUGGCAAAUGGGAGCAAAAGUGUCUACACGGUAACUUAUGUGGAUGUGGGACAUCAAGGAACAUACUGGUGUCAUGUAUUCAAUGACCAGGAGGACGAAGACAGCAAGAAAGUAGAAGUCAUUAUAGGAAGGAAAGCUAUGGCAGUGGAGUGCACAGAAGAAGAUUUAAGUGAUCUUCAGGAAUCAGAUCCACAAGAAGAAUCAAGUCACAGACCUGUGGCCACAGACAAGGUGGCUCUGUUAAUAGGAAACAUGAGCUACUGGAAUCAUCCCCAGCUCAAGGCUCCAAUGGUAGAUGUCUAUGAAUUGACCAGUUUGCUAAGGCAGCUGGAUUUCAAAGUUGUAUCUUUGCUGGAUCUUACUGAGUCUGAGAUGCGAAAUGCAGUGGAUGAAUUUUUACUUCUCCUGGACGAAGGAGUUUAUGGAUUGUUAUACUAUGCUGGCCACGGCUACGAAAACUACGGGAACAGUUUCAUGGUUCCUGUUGAUGCCCCGAAUCCCUACCGCUCAGCAAACUGCCUGUGCGUGCAGAGCAUCCUGCGGCUGAUGCAGGAGAAGCAGACGGGACUCAACGUGUUCCUGCUGGAUAUGUGUCGCAAAAGAAAUGAAUAUGAUGACACUAUUCUUAUCUUGGAUGCUCUGAAGGUUACGGCAAACAUUGUUUUUGGAUAUGCAACGUGCCAAGGAGCAGAAGCUUAUGAAAUUCAGCAGCUGGGGUUGGCCAAUGGAAUCUUCAUGAAGUUCCUGAAGGACCGUUUGUUAGAAGACAAGAAGGUCACUGUUCUGCUUGAUGAGGUUGCAGAAGAUAUGGGCAAGUGUCCCCUUACCAAAGGCAAGCAAGCCCUGGAGAUCCGCAGCAGCUUGUCAGAGAAAAGGGCAUUAACUGAUCCUGUUCAACAAAGCACAUCUUCUGCAGAGUCCCUGGCACGGAACCUGCAGUGGGCCAAAGCUCAUGAGCUUCCAGAAAGUAUGUCCCUUGAAUUCCAGUGUGGUGUUCAGAUUCAGUUGGGGUUUGCAGCCGAGUUCUCCAAUGUCAUGAUAAUCUAUACACAGAUAGUUAAGAAGCCCCCUGAAAUCACAGCUUGCAGAGCCCACAUCACAGACUUCCCACUCGACUUGGAUGUAGAUCCUAAAGAGGCCAAUAAAGGAACUCCUGAGGAAACUGGAAGCUAUUUAGUAUCAAAGGACCUUCCCAAACACUGCCUCUACACCAGGCUGAGUUCACUGCAAAAACUAAGGGAACAUUUAAUCUUCACUGUUUGCUUGCACUAUGAGUAUUCAGGAAUAGAAGAUACAAUGGAUGAAAGAAAGGAGAUUAAUGUUGGGAAGCCCCUUAUUGCUAAAUUAGGGCUUCACCCUGGAUUCAAAACCAAGAACUGUCUCCAGACAUGUUGCAUGCCUGGUUAUCCUUUUCAUAAUCCAGUAGAAUUGAGUCCAGAGGCAGCUGAAUACUACAUCCCUAGUCAUUGCCAACCCAAUUCCUCUCCAGGUGUUUACCAUCCAAACUGUGCUUGCUCAAACAGCAUCACACAAGCAGAGGCAUGUUCCUGCAAUGGAGCUUCCAGGAUGUUGGCUUCAAGACACGAAGUACAGCAUUACUCACCCACUGUGGAAAAGCAUAAUGUACCAGUAGAGACCACUGAUGAUACUGUUGAACUGGAAUUCUUCCUCUCUGACAGCCUUAGCUUCUCUGAACAGCAAUAGCUGGGAUGUGUUUGGACUAGACCAUCCUUGGACAGAGGGGCUUCCACACUGACUCUCCAUCUUCUGGAGUCUGGAGACUUCCAGACAAGGCCCUGCAGGGUCUAGAGUAGGUGCUGGGAAUGAGGUUGUGAUGAAAAUUUUUCAUAUCUUAAGAGACAAAACUGGACCAAUAGAUUUAGGAAUGAAAAAUGCAUUCUUUCUAUUUUUUUUUUUUUUCACCUACUAUUUGUUGUUUGGUACAGAGAAAAAUCUGAACUGCUCAAAGUUUUCUAUUCUUUGGCCAUCGUGUGUUAGGAUUGGUCACUGAUGUUCCAGUGCCUUGGAUGUAGCCAAAAAGCAGCUCUGACUGCAUUCUCCUCUCUGAUUGCCAGAUAUCCAGCAUCUGGCAGUGUCUGAGAGGGAUAAGAACUGUGCAAGGAACCCAAAACCUGGAGAGCCAGCAAAUUGACAUCACUUUUGUUUUUAAGAGAACUACAGAUUAUCAGAGGGAGCAAAGUCACGGAAUCAUACUGUGGUGGAUUGUUUCUAUUUUGAUUUUUUUUUUUCUUUUCCAUAACACUUAAGAUUUUUGCUGAUCUGAUACCUGAUUUUUCAUAUUCUGGAAGAACACUAACUGGAAAGAUGAGGGCAAGUACCUGCUCAGCAAGCAAGGUAUUGUAUGGUCAGUCUCACAGACAUGCUGAGGGCUAAAACAAGAAUUACAAGAAGAGUGAUGUUUUAUUAGGUCAUUGAAAGUCUUGAUGCUUUGAAAAUGCAAAAAAUAUUGGGGUGUAAGGAAACUAAAAUCAAAGGGAGUUUUCAGACAGGGGUAGUAGCCUCUCCUGUACUGGUAAUGUUGAGAGGAAGAAUUGCUUUAAUUAAGAUCCUCAUAAUGAAAACAAGAUAAGUGAAUGUUAUUGAAGCAGACAAGCCUGUUUCAAUCUCCAGUGGAGAGUGCUGCGAUCUGGUGCCCUGGCAAUGUCUUGGUGUGGCCAUAAAACUUUUGAGAUUGGAAUGUUAAUGCUUCUUUAACUAAAUCUGGUGAUCUUCAGGAUGCUCUGUGCUGAAAGGUGGAUAUAGGUACAUGGAUAUAGCUGUUUCCAGAUGACAGCCAUGCUUGAAGUAACCUGUACAUGAGCUUGAAUUUCUGUUUUCCUUCUGCAGGGUGUUAAAUAGCAUCAUACCUAUUAAUGAAUGAGAUGGACCUGCAUUAACUAUUCUGUGCAGUUGACUUCUAAAUCAGAUUAUAGUUUGAGACGAUGGUCUAGGAGUGUACUACUUAGCUAAUACUUUGUCAGUUUCCUAAUAUGUAUAAAAGCUUAUUCUUUUUUCUUACCCUGUAAUAAAUUGUUUGUCCACAAAA